AUGCGUUUCUCCAUCACUUCUCUUCUGGCCCUGGCCGCUGGUGCCACCGCUAUUGAGGCUGUCACCGAGACUGUCACCAUGUACACCACCUACUGCCCCGAGGCUACCUCCAUUGUCCACAGCGGUACCACCUACAGCAUCUCCACCCCUGGACACCUCACCAUGACCGGUGGUCACUACACUGUCACUCGCCCUCUCCUCACCUCCACCGUGGUUGAGUGCAAGAAGUGCUCUUCUUCUACCCCUCUGCCCUCCACCCCGGUCGUCUCCGUCUCUCCCAGCGCCUCCGCCUCCGCUACCCUGGCUUCGACUCCCUACGUCCCCAGCGGUGCCGCCGCCACUGGUGUCCCCGGUACCUCUGCCGGCAGCAGCGGUGCUUCCCCCGCCACCACCUCCCAGCCCGCCUACAACGCUGGUGCCGCUAAUGUCGCUGGCGCUGGUGCCGGUCUCGCUGCCGUCUUCGGUGCCGUCGCUCUCCUCCUGUAA